CAGUCGCGAUGAACUUAUGCCGAACGACGGUUGACGGAUACGCAAGCGCGCGUUUCUUUUAAGAUUUUUUAAAGAAUAAACAAAAAUUUCGCUUUGAUUUCAUAAAAAUUGUUCGUUUGUAUAAAGUGAAGUUUUUGCAUAAUUAAACUAUAAAUCAGAGAUACAUACUGAUGUGAUAAAAAAUUAAAUUAUAUAUAAUUAAAGUGUUAAUAAUUACAAAUUAAUUUUUUUAAACAUUAUUAAAAGAGAAGAGGAAAUUUCUCGUUUAAGUGAAAGUUUUUGUCAGACUUGUAAUUAAAUUUAAUAAAGAUAUUAUCUUGCGUCACAUACUCGUAUAAUAAAUUCGAUUAAGUGUUAUUUGGUGUACUAAAUUUUAUUACUGCACAGUUUGAAGUGGCAAAAAUAUCUUAUUGAAAUACAAUUUUAAUCCAAAUGAAGCUAUUAGCGUUACUGGAUUUAACAACAAAUUGCAAUUGCUACAACCGAGACCUUUGCGGACUUUCAUGCCAAAAAAGUUUUGGUCUAAAAUAAUGAGCACAAUUUUACUGUCAUUGCCUCAACGUUAUAAGCGCCUAUUGCAAGCAAUGAUACUCGCCGUGGCUAUAAUUUACACCACACUGGUGCUAUACCAGAGUGUCUAUGGAUAUCCUGGCAUGCAAUUGCCGGCAUCACAGCAUUUUUUAGUCGAACCUCAACAACUCAUAGAGCCUAAACAAAAUAUUGAAGUGGACACGAGUGCAGCAGCGGACACAAUUAAGCACCACAAUACGCAACUAAAAUUGUUGCAAUUUCAAGCAUCGCCAACUCAACAGCAACUAAAAAGUACUCAGCGCUCAUUGUCAGCAUCGGUACCACCUGCUCCAGCACCACAACAGACAACAGUCAUUAUACGCAAGGAUAUACAUAGUUUUAAUUUCUCAGAUAUCGAAGUAUCGGAGCGGCCCACUGCAGCGUUGCUAAACGAUUUAGCGCGUCGUAGUCGGAACGGUGAACUUUUGCACGAUCUAUCACAACGUGCUGUUACGGCAACACCGAAACCACCGAUAACUGAACUCGAUGACAUUUUCAUUAGUGUCAAGACAACGAAAAAUUAUCACGAUACACGUUUGGCGUUGAUUAUCAAGACAUGGUUUCAAUUGGCGCGCGAUCAGACUUGGUUCUUUACUGACACAGAUGAUUAUUACUACCAAGAAAAAACAAAGGGUCAUCUUAUAAACACAAAUUGCUCUCAGGGACAUUUUCGCAAGGCUUUGUGUUGCAAAAUGUCAGCUGAAUUGGAUGUGUUUUUAGAGAGCGGGAAAAAAUGGUUUUGUCACUUCGAUGAUGACAAUUAUGUUAACGUACCACGCCUUGUUAAGCUAUUGGACGAAUACAGUCCAUCAGUGGACUGGUAUUUGGGCAAACCUAGUAUUUCGUCGCCACUGGAAAUUCACUUUGAUAGCAAGAACCAAUCGACCAACAAGAAGAUAACCUUUUGGUUUGCAACAGGCGGUGCUGGCUUUUGCCUAAGUCGUGCUCUAACUCUUAAGAUGCUACCAAUUGCUGGUGGUGGUAAAUUUAUUAGUAUUGGGGACAAAAUACGGUUUCCAGAUGACGUGACAAUGGGUUUCAUAAUUGAACAUUUAUUGAAGGUGCCAUUAACUGUCGUCGAUAAUUUCCAUUCACAUUUGGAACCUAUGGAGUUUAUACGUCCAGAAACAUUUCAAGAUCAAGUUUCUUUCAGUUAUGCACAUAUGAAAAAUCAAUGGAAUGUCAUUAAAGUUGAUGGAUUUGAUUUAAAAACAGAUCCAAAACGAUUUUAUUCAUUGCACUGUCAAUUGUUUCCAUAUUUUAGUUUCUGUCCACCAAGAUGAUCCCUUAAACUAAAUGCUUAAAAUCAAUUUGUUGUUAGUCAAAAAUUGAUCGUAGUUUAAUAUGCAAAUGGUUGCAAGAAUUAAGUAAAUUAUUGUUGUAGCAGCAAAAAAACUCAAAAUGUUGUUGAUUUAGUUGAAAACUAAUAAAAUCUCAAAACUGUGAUGUAAUUUUAGUUAAAAAUUAUACUAUUGUAAAUAUUAGCGAAACAUAAAUCCUAAAAGUAAAUAAAUGUCCCUUAUUAUUGUAUCUUAAAUUUUAUGC